AUGCAACCAAAUUCAAUUAGUUCUCCGAAAUUCAAAGUGAGUCGUUUCAAUCCUCAUCGAGAACAUUUGAAAACACAAAUUGCACACACUUCUUUGCUUACUUUAAAACCUAGGGCAUCCUUGCCCAAAAUCUAAAAAAACACUUCUCAGAUAUCUUAGAGAAGUGAAAUCCCUCUCUUAAAAAUGCAAAGCAUGGGGUCACCUUUGAGUCAGAGUUAUCUCUUGGAAAUGGAGAAAGUGUAUUGUGUAUGGCAUAGUGAAACUGGUAUAGUGGGGGGAGAAUAGAAAAAACAUAAUUAAGAUGCUAUUAUAGUUUAAAACCUGAACAAUUAUUAGUUGUUUAUGGUUUGCGAUGGCCAUGGAUCUUCAGGCCAUUUGGUGUCUAACUAUGUCUUGAAUACCCUAAUUCAGUAGAUAGAAUAAGGAAUGCAAAGAAAUCAAUACAUGUUGCAAUACAACACUUAAUUGCACAAGACUGUAAUAAAAGGGGCAUUUGCCAAAACGUCCAGUCUAUUGGAUCAAAGUUCUCUGCCUAUAUCUAGGAGUGGAUGCACAUGUAAUAUGGUGAUGUUACUGUAACAAAACAUAGUGCCGGCAGAUUUGGGCGAUUUUUAGUAGGAAUUUCAAAAGGAAUCAGUAGUGUACUGUGCCAAUGUUGGAGACAGCAGAGCCAUGAUGGUAAGCAAGGGAGUCAGAGGAGGGUUGAUUACUAAUUAAUUGAGUAUGGAUCAUAGAUUGGAUGUGGUGGAGGAGAGGAAUAGAAUCAAACAGAAGGGAGGAACUAUAGCCUAAUUGUAACACAAUGGACAAUCAGUGGGUCCAUAUAGAGUAUGGGUUGGAUGA